GCGCGUUUAAACAGUGCGCGCGAGUGCGGUUUUGUCGCUACAUCCGUUCAGUUUCGUUUAUCUGUAUAAUAAUAUAAUAUUAUUGUUGUUAAUUUUUUACAUUUUUAUGUGUAUUCGGAAAAUCGUAUGUCGCGUGUUGGUAUAACAAUAUAACGACGGUGCGCUAUACAUAUAAUACUAUAUACGGACGCGCAUGUUAUACACCAAUAUACGUGUGGUCGCGCUCAGAGAACGAAUGUUAUAAUAAUAUCACAUUAUUGUUGUUGAUCACACACAUGGACACGAAAGUCGCACAGGAGUCCGCUUUCGAUAAAUCGCGAUCGUUUGAAAUACCUCCGAUUAACGAUAAUAGCAAUACAUAAAAAUAUCACACAGUGACCCGAACCGGAAGACCGACUGAGGCAGUACAUCGACGAUCACGAGAUAUUUAAUUUCUAUGCUGGGUAGUGAUCUUCAAUCAGAAGAAGAUAUGUUAGACGGACUUCAACUUCGUGGACGAUCUUUCGAAGUUUCAACUGACCACUCUAGAUCACCCAGCACAGAAGAUGGUUCGUUUUAUCACCCAGACAACAAUAAUGCAUCCGAAGACGAUGACGAAAAUGUUAAAAGCGAUUCGGAGAGUUCUGACGAGAAAUCGCGAAGGUCUGUGGCGGCGGGCAAGCGAAAACGACGGACGAGUAUAGACGAAGACGACGGCGACGAACCGAUUGUACCAAAAACGAGAAAAUGUCGCAGGAGCAUCCGGCAAAGGCAAUCGGUGGAGGUGUUGUCGGCCAAAGACAGGAACAUGCGAAGGCUGGAGAGCAACGAGCGGGAACGAUUACGCAUGCACUCAUUAAACGAUGCUUUCGAGAAACUGCGUGAAGUUGUGCCUCAUGUAAAAAUGGGACGUAAACUAUCAAAGUUGGAAACAUUGACAUUGGCGAAAAACUACAUAAUGGCAUUGACUAACGUCAUAUGUGAAAUGAGAGGCGAGCAAAAACCAUUUACUUUUGACGAUCCCGAUCAAGCCGAAAAUGACUAUGCAUCAAGUAACGAUGGUGGAUUUGAAUCGGGUAAUAGUACAAAAACUCCCUCGAACGUGGAACAAGAGUUACUAUCAUCGGACUAAUAAAAAGAAAAUUCCAUUUCCUAUAUUAUACAUAAACCAAAUCUGUUCGUUAGUUUAUAAAUGAAACUUUUUUUUUACCUGAUAGGUAUUUUUAUGAUAAGAUUUAUUUUUGUCUUGAUA